CAUCCCAGGGAAAGUCUACGUUCGAUAUCAGCAAUAUCCACGAUAGUGGCCAUGGGACUUGAUUGAGCAGGCACUAGGAGGCAGCCAGCGAGCUUGGGCUGCAAUGCAGCACUGGAAUGCAGCAAAAACGCCGUAGCUCUGAUGUCAUCGUAAGGUUUUCCUCGGAUACAAAUCGGACUGUGUGCCGGAGCGGUGCUCUUGAUCUCGGGGAGUCAAUCGUAGCCAGAUUGACAGCAAUGACUUGUAGGAGAGAGUUUUUUUCCUGAAGCAUAGAACGGGGGGGGGGAGGGGUUUGGCAAACCGGAGCAAUUGUUGUUAGCGAUGGCUUUGAUGAUGCAAAAGCAGCUACGAGGAGCGUUUGAUUGAAGGGAGUGAUGGCAGAUGAAGUGAAACAGGACGAUGAUUGUUUCUUAGAGAGGGAGAGAUCGGGUUGGCAGUGAGAGGAGACGCGCUUGUUUGUUUGUUUUUUUGUUUUGUUUUGUAUUGUAGAGGGAGUUUGUUUUCGGUGGAUAUGGGGGACUAUAAUGUGGUGUUGCUGUUGAUAGUGAUAGUAGUGACUCUUAUGGUGUUGGCAUUCAACUUGUACUUGCUCAUCAACUAUCAACAUCCGGAUGACAAGAACCAGGCCUGGUUUCCGAAGGUCGUGGUGAUCGUCGGGCUCUCUGUGGCGGAGUUGUCGAUUCUCAUGCUCCCUGCUGACAUUGCGAACCGGCAUGCUUGCAAGCAUUCUGUUUACACUGAUGCUUGUAACUACACGUUGCCCAUGCGGGAGCUUUGGUAUUCCGUGUAUAUUGUUGAUGCUGUUCUGGUGUUUUUCGUCGUCCCGUUUUCGAUUUUCUAUUACGAAGCAGACCAGGAGAAAUCAUGGUUGCGACGAGCUUGCAGUGCUAUAUCAUGGGUGGUGGCGACAGCGAUAAUCCUCGGAAUUUUGUUUGGCGUUGCCUUCGUUCUGGUAGGUAAGGUAGAUUUUGGCGUGCAACGGUUGGAGUCGUCAGCUCAAGCCUACACUACUGAUUUUUCUUUGGUAACUUCAAUGAGUCCGUGCCUGGCUACCAAUCAGGGGGGAACUGCUACUCGAGUUUCGUGUUCUGCAGAAUUGGCAGAUCCAGAGUCAGCCACCACAUGGACUAUGCGCACAUCGUUUCCUGAGUAUGUUAUUGCAAUCCUCACCAUUGUUGGAUCAAUUCUUUUUUCGAUAUUUGGAGGUGUAGGCAUUGCUAGCCUCCCUCUUAGUCUUAUCUUUGCAUACGUGCAUCGUCCGAAAACCAUUAUCACUCGCUCUCAGUACAUUAAGGAGGCGACUGAGCUAGGUAACCGUGCAAAACAGAUAAAGGAAGCAGCACUAGCUUUGCAGCGGGAACAGAGAUCUGGCAGUAAAAGUCGGAAGUGGAAGACAAAUGUUCACAAAGUUCAGAAGGAACUUAUGUAUCUAGAAGAGGAUGAACGAGCUUUAGAAGAGGUUUAUCCACAAGGGGAAAAGGCUGAUACAUCAUGGGCUCUUACGGUCUUGGGAUACUUGGGAGGACUAGUGUUUGGAAUCAUUGGUUUGCUGGUUUCAGUAGUAUGGGUGGUUCACAUCAUUAUAUAUAUGCUGAUCACUCCUCCCCUGACUCCUUUCCUCAAUUGGAUCUUUAUUCGACUGGACAAUUUUUGGGGGCUCCUGGGUACGGUGGCGUUUGCAUUCUUCUGCUGUUACCUUCUCAUUGCAGUGAUCUCAGGACAGAUGCAUCUAAGCCUGAACAUACUGUUCGUAGCAAUUCAUCCAAUGAAAUUGAAUGGCACAUACAUGAGUUCGUUUCUGUUCAAUGUGGAAUUGGUUCUGAUCUGCUCCAUUAGUGUAAUACAAUUUUGCGCAAAAUCCUUCGCAGUGUAUGCUCAAGCGACCGUUGUCCAAGAAAUUUUUGGUCAUACACUGGAAAGCUUGAGGGGCAUCAAAUAUCUGUUCGAGUAUAAUGUGUUCCAAUAUGCCUUCCUUGUGUGCGCGGGCUUGGCUACUGCGCACUAUUUGACAUUUGGCUGUAGAAAGAAGAGGACUCGAUCUAAGUUCCAACUGGAGUAGAGUUGGUUAUGAGUGGUUUUUGUGAAGGAACGUGGAAAGUACUCUCGCUUUCUAGAAACGUUAGGUUGGAGCAGAUGCCCGUGGUGCUUUUGCUUGUGUUGGGCUUCAGUCAUGCGCACCACGCCUGCAGUUCUCUGUGAUCAUCACAUCUAGUAUGCCGCAGUUGAGCAUCUUAAUUAGCCAUAAACCGAGAUUAGUACCUAGAAAUACCAUUACUGAUAGGGGAAUGCCGUUGCAGCCAACUGCAUUGCCAACCAUCUUCUCAGUUGCAGAUUCUUCGCUCAGGUGAACUGGAAAAUGACGGACAAAAUAUUUUGAUUUGCGAGUCCAGUUGAUCGAUUAUUUCUAUUCUGAAGAGCUAGGAACUAUUCUGUAAGUACUAAUUGCUCGUUGACAUUAGGCCUCCUAUGACGAAUCUGAAGAACUGCGAACGAAGUGAAAGCGAAGUUUCGUUCACGGUGUUAGGCGUCGAAGUAAAUACAUUUGGAGUUGAUUUCAACGUUUAAUACCUAGAGACAAGAAGUAGCCAGUUGGCAUCCUCGUCCUCGAAAACCCUCAAGAAUUUCUA